CCUAGUCAUAUGAAAUGUCAGAGCUUUGUAUACGAGCAUUCUUAACCUUAUAAAAACAUGUGAAACGACUUCAUGAAAACUUUUGUUUUUUUAUUGAGAUGGCAUCCAGUCAUUCUGAAAACAUUAACAGUGUCACCAAACAAUUUAUGUGUAGUGUGCCGCUCAGGAGUUUUAAUUGGCAUGAUAUUUUCAAUGAUCUCAUACGCAGUGAAGAUCUGCAAAAAACUCUGUUGACAAAAACUGUGAACUCUCCUCUAGUUCUUGAGUGCCCGUUGGAAAUAAACUAUCAGAAGUUAUACCUGAAACAUUUAAUACAAAACUUGGAAAAACUUCAGAGUGGCGCGCUACAGGAAACUGUAAUUUGCGAUGAGUUAUAUACCGCCUACGGUCGGCUGGUGGCGCUGGGAUCAAGUUCUCAAUGUUUCAAGCACUAUUUACUCGGAACUGACGACAAGGUCAUAAGCUUACAGGAGAGCAGUAAUCUAAUAUCUGAUGGAACGACUGGUUUGAGGACUUGGCAGGCAUCUCUGGCUCUUUCAGAAUGGCUACUACAAAACAAAAGUUUGUUAACCCACAAAACAGUUCUUGAGCUAGGAUCAGGAAUUGGACUAACUGGACUGGUUCUUGCUAGAGAAUGUUCAGCAAAAUGUGUCUUUCUAACAGACUGUCACGAAACUGUUCUGAAAAUCCUGCGUUACAAUGUAGAGAGAAACCUCAAGCAAUAUUCAGUAGAUGAAGUACUGAAGGAUACGUCAGAAAUAUUAGAAAAUUGUUCUCGAAUGAAUCACAGAUGUCUAUAUCAUAAUUCCGAAGCUACAACUCAUGUACUGAAUCUUCCUUGGGAGGAAAUUGAUGAAGGGGAAUGCAAAAAACUUGGUACAGUAGAAACUGUUAUAGCUGCAGAUAUCGUUUAUGAUGAUGAAUUGUUCGAGCCUCUAAUAAAGGCUGUGAAGAAUCUGGCGGUUUUUUCCGGAGUGGAAGAGUUUAUUUUUUCUUGCACUGAAAGAAAUCCUAGUACACUCGAUACAUUCCUGAGAAAAAUGGUUUCAGCAUCAUUUGUUGCCACCAAAACUGAAGUUCCUCCUCAACAAACAUUUUUCUGGCCAAUAGAUACUCCUGUGAAGAUAUUUAAAUUUACUUUGAAGAAAUGAACGACUUAUUGAAAUAAGUGUUGAAUUAUCUUUCAAAAUACAGUUUUGUAAAAGUUAUUUAUUUUCAAUAAAAUGGACUUUCGAUUUGA